AUGCUCAACCUGUUGCGUGGAUGUUUUGAGGCAAUCAUAUUUCGAAACCUAGGAUUGGGUAUCCCUACCACCCAAAUUUUCAGUUCGCCAUUGAAAAUUCAUACGAUGGAUGUCCCUACUAAUCACAUUGAGAACUCCAAUUCAGAUCUGCAGCCUAAUAAACGCCGAAGAAAGAAGUCCAUUGUCUGGGACCACUUCACAACUGAAACUGUUAAUGCUGACUGUAUCAGGGCCUUAUGUAAGCAAUGCAAUAAAUCAUUUGCUUAUAUAUCGGGCUCAAAAUUAUCUGGCACCAGUCACCUGAAACGGCAUAUUUCUUUGGGGAUCUGCCCUGUGAGUCGGUGUAAAGAAGAGAAAAAUCAGCUCAGUAUAUUCAACCCAGAUACCACACCUGAUGUUUCUGAGAAUGGUACAGUACGACCAAGAAAGCGCUACCGGGCUAACCCUGGACCGGCUAGUACCUCUUUUGAUCAGGACCUAUGCUGUCAAGAAAUUGCAAAAAUGAUUAUUCAGCAUGAAUAUCCUCUUCGCAUGGUUGAAGAUUCUGGCUUUAUUGAUUUUGCAAGGUGUCUUCAUCCCCAUUUUAAUACAGUGAGUACCAAUACUGUCCAAGAACACAUUAUAGGAAUUUAUUUCAGAGAGAAGCAAAACCUUCUGAACCUUGUUACUGGAAUUCCAGGACGAGUUAGUCUUACUUUGGAUUUGUGGACUUCAGAUCAAAGGGUGUCUUACGGAAUCCUAACGGGACACUUUAUUGGUUGCGACUGGAAACUGCAUAGGCGGAUCUUCAAUGUCGUAAUGUUACCAUAUCCUUAUUCAGAAACUGGCUUUAUUCACGCUGUCACAGCUUCUCUAAAUGAUUGGGGUACUGAGAGCAAGCUAUUUACUCUCACUCUCGAUCAAUCCCAUGCAAAUGAAAAUGCAAAGAGAAAUCUUAGAGGCCUCCUGUCAUUCAAGAACUCCCGUAUUCUCAAUGGUCAGCUAUUAAUUAACAGUUGUUAUGCUUGUACUCUGACGAGGCUUGCACAGAAUGCAUUAGGGUUUAUUCAGGAAACUGUUCAGAAGGUCCGUGACAGUGUCAAGUAUGUGAAGACUUCAGACGCUCGUGAAGAAAGAUUCAUCAAACUGAAACAACAGCUUCAAGUGCCCAGUACAAAGAACAUAAUUGUCGAUGACCUUACCAAAUGGAAUACUACAUAUCACAUGUUGAUGGCUGCUUCUGAACUAAAGGAAGUAUUUUCGUGCCUGGAUACUUCUGAUCCAGAUUAUAAGAGCACUCCAACAAUGGACGAGUGGAGACAAGUGGAAAUUCUUUGCACAUACUUGAAGAUUUUCUACGAGGCGGCCAACAUUCUAACAGCCCCUUUAUGUCCGACCACCAAUGCAUUCUUCCAUGAACUGUGGAAAAUUCAGCUAGAAUUGAUGCAUGCUGCUAUGAGCCCGGAUCUCUUUGUUAGCGGCCUUACCAGAUCAUUGCACGAGAUAUUCACUAGAUAUUGGGAGGACUGUAACCUAGUCUUGGCAGUUGCUGUAGUUAUGGACCCGAGGUUCAAAAUGAAGCUCGUGGAAUUCAGCUUUUCCAGAAUCUAUGGUGAGGAUGCAGACAAUUGGAUCAAGAUUGUUGAUGAGGACGUGCACGAACUUUAUCUCGAGUACGUUGUGCAAUGCCUUCCUCCACCAACAUUUAUAGAAGAAGGAAAUGAGGCUGUUGCAAAACCAGAGACACCUCAAGAAGAAGGUGGUUUUCCUAAUGGUGAUACUGGGUUUUCGGAUUUUGACAUCUAUAUUUCGGAUAUAAUGAAUGGCCAACAGAUGAAAUCAGAACUAGAUCACUCCAUUGCAAUACCACUGCCUCUAUUCUACCUUGGAGGAAUAACAGAGAAGGCAAGGAAGAGGAGCAGCUGCAUAGGGAAAAUGGUGUAUGGGAUGGUGACGGUUUAG